CAGGGUAUGGAUAUUCGUUCUACGCCGACGCGUGACGACGGACAAAAAUAAGUGAUCCCGAGUGACAGCCAUAUUUCGAGGGAACACAAUCAAAAUAUCAUCAUUCAACGUAAAGUCAAUGAACAACUACUUUGUUAUCAGACACUUUAUCUAGCCAGCCUUGAUUGACAGAUAACUUUACAUACGUAGGAUGUAUCCGCGCGUUGUAUAAGAUAUUUGUAACGAGACAACCAACAUGACAGGUUCUCUCCAAUUAUUGCUUAUUCUCGGGGCGGUUUCACUCCUCCAAGCAACAUGUCCGACUAUUCCAGUAGUAGCCGACUUCGACACUGAAAGGUAUACAGGCACGUGGUACGAGACGGAGAGAUUUGACAACCCAUUAGAGUGGUACACGAGAUGCGUGUCGGACACGUACAUUUCACGUGGAGAUGGUAGCUACACUGUCCUGUACAACAGGAUCGGGACGUGGACGGGAACGAACAGAACAACAGAAGGUGCUCUGGAUCUUGUCGAUGGGCACCCCGGUCAUUUCAGAGCCUCGUUUGCGGGAUGGCUACCAUCUGGAAACUACUACAUUAUAGAUACAGACUACAGUGACUAUUCCAUCGUGUACUCGUGCUCCGACAUGUACGGGAUCACAAACAUAGAACUGGCAUGGAUCAUGUCCCGAGACAGAAGUAGUUUAUCAAGCAAGCAGAGAUCCAAGUUAUACAGGCGAUUGACGACACUGGGUAUCGACACCUCGCAGUUCAUCGUGUCCGAUCAAAACGGAUGCGAGGCAUAAACGUAUAUCCCAGAGAAAAUUGCGGACUACAGGUGUACAUGGCACAUGGGAGAAAUUGGUACAUAUCAACUAUGACGAACAGUACACAUUUUGAAAUUAUACCAAAUUUUAAUUAACCAAAGGUAAAAUAAAUCUUCCUCUUAUGCUACA